AUGGCGGAAGGGAACACUUCUCUAUCGCACUUGCUACAAACAUCGCAGGAAUUAAUAGCUUUGGGGACGACACACGCCACUGCUAUUCGGCAGAAGUAUGAACAGUUUGUCUUACACAAUCCAGAGACAAUUUCGACGGUGGAAUCCAUUUUGCGAGCGCUGUCGUACAUGCUUCCAGGACGAUUCGGAGCGUCUGAGGCACUGUCUGAGCUCGUAUUUUCAGCAUCGCAAAUUCUUACGCUGCUAAACGAUUGCAUAUUUCGUGAAGGAGGAAGCAGUCUGGCAUGUGAUGUGACAUCUUCCUGGAGCAAACAACGUUUAUUGUUGUGGCUGACUGUCAUUGAAUAUUUAGAGGUGUUUAUCGAACUCGGCGCCAGUCGUUUGUGGGGUGAAGCAGGAAAGUGGAUCAUUGUCGUGGUUUUACAAAUAGCCAAGGCUGCUUUGAGAUUCGCCUUACUAUUCAAGUAUAAUUCAGGAAUUCAACGAACACCUCUAAUUCCACCCUUUGAUCGAUCAAAACUGGUGAAACCUGAGGGAGUGGAUCGUGAAGAUCCUGACACUUUGAGAAAGGUUGAGAUUUUAGACGAAGCGGUCCCAAAUGACGAAAGGUCACAGACGAACGGCCAUACAGGGCCAGUUUGGCGAGGGCCUAGAUCAGGAAGGGUUGUAAGGUCCCUUGGCGCCACACCAAGUGGUCCAAAUCGUUCCUGGAAACUCCCAGAGGGAACCUCUAAAACCAAGACGGCCUCUCAACCAACCGAUCUUUCUUCUAGGAGAAUGGUAGCUGAGAGCCUUUACAUCUCAAGACCCUUGCUUCACGUCACAAGUAUGUUUAUGUUUGGACAAACCUCGUGGAAGCCGUGGUUGAUUUCUUGUGGAGUAGAUGUCACAUCAUUAGCUCUUAUGGGUGAUUCAAGUGAACUAAAUGAUGAGGAAAAAUCAGAAUUGUCCAGAAGAACAUUUCGGCUUCUCUUUUAUCUUUUGCGAUCUCCAUUUUAUGAUAACUACUCAAAGACUAGGAUUCUAAGUUUCCUAAAAUUUAUGACAGGGAAUGUUCCUGGGGUUUCUCUUGUGCUUAAUCCUUUGCUGGACUACCUUCCAACUUGGCAGAAGAUUUAUUUCUAUAACUGGAGUUCCUAA